UCAUCAGUCUAUUGUUGAGCAGCUUGCAUAUCGUAUCAAGAACGGCAAUUAACCACGAUGGCGGACAAAACGAAGGUAGAGGACCCGGCAAAAAUCAGCGAGAAUCAUGUAAGCAAUUCCUUAGCAUCGCAACCCGAGCCCGACAGGAAAAGCGACAGCCGAAAUGAUUCCAACGCGUUGCUUCAAGAGGAAAUCGAAACACUGCGCAUGCAAAUGCAAGGCUGGAAGGAAUUGUGGCAAUCGGCGCAGGCGCUGAUAAAACUAAAGGAUGCUGAAAUUGCCCGGCUCGGAUCAGCCGGUAGUACGAAAGUCCUUACUGCUGCAGCUGAAACAAGCAACGCUGUUUCGGAAAACCCAGCCUCAAAGGAUGUUGUAGCAAAUACAAUUGCGAAUAACACUGAAGCUAGUGGCAGUACGGAGCCUCGUCCUAACAACGAUCGGAUUCACCAUCUUAUGAACAAAUUACGCGCUAUCCACGGCAGGCAUGACGAAAUGAAUGCCGUUUUUGAUUAUGUCGAUCUGGCGGAACAAAUCUGCCAAGCAGCCGAGGACACGGAAGGCAACAUCGAUCCCUCGUACGACGCUACGUUGUUGCCGCAACUAAUAAAACUUAUGCCGCGGUCUGCCCGUGCAAAAUUUAACAAGCUCGACUACAACCUGCCCAAGGAAUCACUCGCUGAAUUCGGUUUCUGGAUAAAUGAAGUGGCAGAGGAUGCUACGGACCGAAUGAGCCAGUUUAUGUACGAAUUUGCUCCUUAUUUCGCAUGAAAUUGGAGGAAGGUGCUCUAAUUCGUCGGAUGCGUUAUCUUUCAACCUCUAAUUACUCGAGAACCUACGAAGCAAGGAGGACAACCAAAAGUACAACCCUCGAAUAAUCGUAACAUUUUUAUUUUUUUAAUUAUUGCAUAUGCAUUUAUCUAUCAAAGCGAAUUCUCAAAUGUAAUUGAAAGAUCCUAAUACGAAUAUGUUUGUUAAAGAAU